UGUGAAAUCUCUUCUGGUUGAUGUCCGGGCCACAGUUAGCUUCCUGCACCGCAGUGACACAUUCUUAUUUACUGAGGAUAUAAAACCCACCCGGACCUGCUGCCUCUGUUAUCCUGCUGCGUCUGUCUGAGGUGGGGACCAUGCUGAGGGUGUCUUCCUACCGAAAGCUCUUUGAGGAGGAUUGGGGUCGGAAUGGGGGGUCGAGUGUGGAGUGUGCCGGGCAGUACCGGGCCUCUGUCAGAGGCGCAGUGACUGACAAGUGUUGCUGUGGCGACAAGUUAGACUUUGUGGCCACCAAAGCUCUGAACAAAGAAGGUCUGAACCGGUUUGUUCAGGAGCGCAGCACCAUCGCUGUUCUGAAUGACCGCCUGGUUAGGCUCAUUGAAGUGGCCCACUGCUUUGAGGAAGAGAACGAUGCUCUUGAACGUCAAAUCGCCGAGCUGGAGGAGAAGCUGAACAGUCAAAAUGGAUCCAGCAUCCAAGUGAAGGAGCACGCCUGCAGCCUGGAUGCAGUGGUGGAAAGACUGCGCAUGCAGAGGGAUGAGAUCUUGGGUGACACAGAGGAACUAAAAAAAGAGCUUGAACAUCUGAAGGAAGAAUAUGAGUGGAUUGAGCAGCAGAAGACGCUCAUCCGGCAGGAGCAAGAUGAUGUUGCCGCGGAAGUGGAUGCUGUGACAGCAGAGUGUCUGGCACUGAAGGAGCAAGUAGCUAUCUAUGAAGACCAGCUGGCUGUCAUGGGGGCCCAGCACAGCAAGGAAGUGGAGAGUCUCCUGGAGCCAGAUGAAAGGACUCUGGCAGCGGCGGCUAUUACGUUUGGCAGCCCUGAUAUCACUCCGGCCUUGAAUGUGAAGGAGUACCACUGCCAGCUGGCUAAGAGCCUUCAGUUUGAGCGUGGCGCAUCCUCCGCUAUGGCUGUCAGAGGUGAUGGAGGGAAACUGGAAGAGGGAAGAACUCCAGGGUCAAAAGUCAAAGACCUGCCAGAGGAUGCAAGUGAGCUGAAGACACUGAUUUCAGAGCUCCAGAAGGAGCUCUCCGAGUUAGAGAAGGCCAACGAGGAGCUGGAGGACGAGGUAGAAAACAGGAGAUCUGCACACAUGGAGGAAGUAGCUGACCUGGAGAGCUCCAUAGAUGAAAUGAGGCAGGAGGAGGCUAACCUGGAACUGCAGAUGAGGGAGCAGUGCGAUGACUACAAGGAGCUGCUGAACCAGAAGAUGGCCAGAGACAUGGAGAUUGCUGCCUACAGGAGUCUGAUGGAGGAAGAGGAGGGUCGGCUUUGCAGUCUGUGACCUUAGACUGAAGACAGUGACCGCCUGCAUCCUUCCUGACACCUAAAAAAACAACAAAAAAAGGCCAAAAUCAGCACUUUGAUGAAGCUCAAAGCAAUGCAGCACUUUCUGUAGAUGCAAACUUAUCAUAGCAGGUUGAUGCCAUCUGGAGGCCCGGGCAGCAGAUUAGAGGUCACUAACAGAAGACCUGGAAACUUCAAGAAAGAUGGAGCUGUCUAAAGAAAGAGGGAGGACGGGGUCAGGGCACCGAGUGUGUAUCCAUUCACUGUCUGGUGGAGAUAUUUCCUGAAGAGGAUUAUCUUGAGCGGCCUGCUGAUUUAUAUGUUUUGUGCCUCCUCAGUCCAACAAGGCUGGGACAAAACCUGGAGCUGAAGUGUUUGGCUCCACGGUGAUGUCGCCUCGUCCGUCACUUAAACUUUGUCUGAUUACCAGUUCUUAACCUGUGACCCCUCCACUGCUAUCAAACACACUAAUGGUCUGCCUCAGUGACUAAAAGCAUCUCACCUUCUUUUUGUUUUUACAGUCAUGUGUUCACGUUGCUUCUGACAGUCAAGUGCGCAGUGGCCUGUGUUUGCUUUUUAAAUGGUUCAUGAAGUUGUUUUACUGCAGUUCUCUCAAAAUGAGCAUCUGGACCUUUCUGCAAGAAAAGUCUGGGUGAUUCAUUACUUCUGCUUUAAAGAACAGCGCCUCCGUUCUUUCUGAAAUGAGCAUUCUGUAAUGCAUUCCUUUCUAAAUUUUUCCAUAUUUUUAUAACAAUCUUAAAGCUGAGCAAAAUAAAUCAUUUUUUGUUCCUGUUGUCGCUGUGUUAAAAUAAUCAAGUUUGAAAGAAAUAAAGUCAUCUGCUUAAAAAACUUUGGUUUUAUGAGAGUUAUUUAUGAAUCCCUUGUGCUAUUAAGUCUAAAAAAAACCUUGAGAAGACAAGAAAGAUUUAUGUUGAGGAUUCUAAUCACCUAAAAAAAAAUACAAUGUCACAUUUAGGAAUUCAACAUCAUGUUAGCUCUGUUCUGAAGAUAAAAUGUAAUUGAUCUGGUCAAAUGUCUGACACUUUUGAUGAAUUUGGGGACUUUGUUUUGGUGAUGAGCUCAGAUUCUGGUGAAAGGAGCGUAGCGGCUGUAGAGACUUAACGAAUUGUCCUGUAAGGAAACAUGUCCAACUCAAAGAAGCUCCCGUUGGGAUUCUUUCCAGAGAAUAGAAGAGAAGGACUGGAAAUUGUCUUCUUGUUUAAAGUCCCACUCCGAUCAUCUUAUGAUUUAUUUUAUCAAAUUAUUACAUCAGAUGUAAUAAAAUGGAUAAAUAUGAAGACACUGAUAAAAUAUAUUGAUUGUUAUAUGAAUAUUAGUAUACAUAUAAAUGUCGUGAUUGUUUUUGCUGUUCUUUUCACGAAUGAAAUGUAGCUCAAUAUAGUCAAUGAGAAAUUGUAUAUUUAAUUUGGGCUGAAAAAAGAACAAAGGGGCUUGGAGUUGAUAAGCUAUUGGCUUCAUCCAAAGCCCUUUUUCGAACAUCUUUUGUUGCAUUCAAGAUUGAUUGUGGUAUAAAUUGAUUUUUUUCUUAUAUUUUUGUUUGUUUGCUUUUUGCUGUUUUUAUUUUUCUGUGUUUUAUUGUUGUUCUUGUUCGAAAAAAAAAAAUAUACAAAAAAAAAUUAAAAGUGUUCCCAGUGGCCUUUUAAUUAUAAUUAUGUUGUUUUUAGCCAAAAUUAAAAAUAAAUGAAUAAAAACCUGUUGUUUUCUAGGACAAAGUUUCUGGAUAGCAGUUUGAGUUCAUUAGAGUUGUGGGAGGGACAGUUGGUGCCUUUGCCCGCCCCCUUCCCAUCAUCCAUCUGUUUAUGCGCUCUCUCUCACUACAACCCAAACAUAACAUUAGCAGUGCAACAAAAGGGCGAGCAUUAUUGGAGCUCUCCAGCUAUUUAGUUUAAUCCUGAUGUACUCGGAUUUAUUCGUCUACAAGUGAAUGUUUCAGAAUAAAGCAAAGCAGAGAGCUUGUGGCUUGCCGUAGUAGCGUCAAUGUCACAUUUACAAGGAUUACAGCAAUUUGACUAAAGAAAUACUAAGAAAUUCAAUUUUAGUAUUAAUCUACUUUUUUAUGUCUUUCACUAUGAGAAAAAUGGUUCAAGAACAUGUCAAAAACACAAUUUUCACCAGAAUGGGUAAUUAAAAAAGAUUUGAAAUUAUUGGAUUAUUUUUUUAUUAUUAUUACUUCUUACUGAUUAAUAUUCAAAUAACUUUGGAUUUAAAGAAAAAACCUAAAGUAGAUGAUAAGGCAUGAUAAGGGGAUGUAAACUUCAUAAAAAUCAUCUGAAUGUUUAUUUAAAAGUCAAGAUGAUUAAAUUAUCUUUGCUAGGCUUUUUUUUAUCAGGGGUUUCCACAGAAAAGUGAAAUAUGAGGAUUUGGUAUCAAGUUUCAUGUUGGUUCCCUGUACUGAUGCAAUCUGAGUUAAGAGUCUUAUCUGUGACAUGCUUGUUACAAGUGA